AUGUCGAUUAUGGUAUUCAGCACAGAUGUAAUCGCAAACAAGGUGUUUGUGUGUGGCGGAGUUCCGGACAAGCAGGAUCAAUCCAAGCAACUAGACUCUAUUGAAUGGUUGAAAACUGCCAUGUGUCCACUAAACGGGAAAUGCAGGAAAGGAAAAGAUGGUCUUGCAUCAGGCCAGGGAACGGAUGCUUCUCAAGUGAAAGCCGCUUUGGAUCUGGCUGCAUCCUUUGCAGCAUUGAAGCUUAACCGGGUGGUGAUCUACAAAUGUUCAUUUUGA